CUGUAGUUUCUCCUAACAAAGUGUUUAGCUCAGAGCAAUAGUUGCCGCAUUCCACUCCUGUCGGCAUGCAUUUGCUUGUGCUUAGUAACAGAGUGACGAUAGCCGUGAAGGGUAACGACCCACGUUAGCUAAGGAGCAUGCAUUCGCGUGCGUAAGAUCUCAGGAUAUGUUUCUCCCUAACUAAAUCUAGCUGGAGGUCGAAGCUCUUUGAAACUUCUUUACGAGGGAUACGUGGUUCGCUUCUGCAUUUUAGGAAUUCCUAAACGCAAAUGUCGCUGUUAGAGAGGAGAGCGGCGCUCUUUACUGCACGCUAGCGUCACGUGUUAGCACCGCGUGUUAUCAGGGACCUCGGGAAUUGCUUGUACCGGCCUAUAGGUCUUGUGGUGGUAACGCUUGAUGGUAACCCUUUCCCUUCAUCGUCGUCCAAUGGGUCGUGUACGCGACGCACGAGGGUCGUUCAUGGGUGUCGUGCUCUUGCUGCUAGCGGUUCAGCAGCAGCGGCUGGUGUCAUGCCAGGGGGCGACGACAGGUACCACCUGUCCCACUCCCACCGCCACCGUGCAUGUGGCCGAGGGCGGGCGUCUCACAGGCUGCUGCGGCCAGAACCCUCAGCAGGCAUGCGGUUCCGUACAAGCAGCGCUUAACAGUGCGUCAGAGGGCGCCACUAUUCACAUCGCAUCAGGCUCCUACACCCACGCCUCCCCCUCGCCCCUCCUCUUGCCCCACCAACGUCUCACCAUCCUCGGCCCCCCCCUCACCCUCCCCCCCGCCCUCAUUGACUGUUCCUACGGCCCCUGCUUCCAAGCCCUCUGCCCCUCCACCACCAUCACCACCCCUGCUGCUCUCCCUCUCCCCUCUCCUCUCCCCUCCUUUUCCUCCUCCCCCUCCUCCCGUUUUCCUCCUGAUGCGCCUGGUGCUGCUGGCACUGGGGAUGCUGUAGCAACGGGUAUAGCGACAGCUACAGAGACAGCUGUAGGAGAAUCCGCAAAAGGAGCAAUGCUGCAAUCAGGAACGGCAGCAGCAACGGCAGCAGCAGCGCCUCUGGAUUCAACUUGCAGCAGGUCCCUCAUAACGAUCUCUCGCCUGCACGUAGUGAAUGGAUGGUCAAGGAGCAAGGGCGGGUGCAUGCUGCUCCAAGGAGUGAACGCAGUGCUGAGCGACCUCACCCUCUCCAACUGCUUUGCCUCUGAGUCGGGAGGGGGGAUGCAGAUCAGCAAUGCACCGGGGCCAAUCACGAUGCGCCACGUCACCAUCCGGAACUGCUCAGUCUCCUUCCAAGUCCCUUCCACCAACCAGACCACCGCUGGUUCUCGUCGUCCCUUAGCCGCUUUUCCAUCAUCCUCCUCCUUUUUCUCUGCAUCGUCGUUUUCGUCAGCAGCAACAGCAGCGGUAGUGGCAGCAGUGGCAGCAGCAAGAGCAAUACCAGCAGCAACACCAGCAGCAGUGGCAGCCGCAAGGGCAACGCCAGCAGCACCAGCAGCCGUUGCAGCGUCGGUACCAUCAUCAUCAUCAUCAGCAGCAGCAACAGCAGCAGCAACAGGUUCUGAUGCAGCAGCAGCAACAGGUGCUGAUGCAGCAGCAUAUGUUGCCCCGAUCCAACGGACAGGGGGUGGGUUGGCCCUAUACCGCACCACACUCGCCGUUACAGGCCUAAUCAUAAGCAACUGCAGCGCCCUGGGGACCACAGCAGUAGGCGGGGGCCUCUCCGUGCUAGAAUCGAGUGUGCUUAUAACGGAGGGGAGCAUGCAGGACUGCUACACAGGGGCGGAUCCUGCUGCUGCUGCAGAUGCAGGCAGUGGGGGGAUGGGGGGUGGUGGAAUGGGGGGGAUGGGGGGACCAGGGGGGCCGGAGUUGUUAGGCAAGGGAGGCUGCAUGGCGAGUGAGAAAUCGAGAGUGACCAUCCGCUCCUCCUCGUUCCAACGCUGCAUGUCCACCACGGGUGGGGCAGUGUACGACUACAUGUCCACAUUCGACGUAUCGCACACGGCCUUCCUCUCAUCUUCUGCUGUGCUCCUUCCCAGCGACUACACCACCGGCGUCGGUGGCUGCCUCAAGCUCAACAGCACGGCAGCCGCCUCCUUUGCCCACUGCCGCUUCGCGCACUGCUCGGCCUUCAUAACCGGGGGUGCGGUGACCUUUUACCAAGGAGACGCACAGCCGCAGAUCCACAACUGCACGUUUGAGGAGAACGAAGCCCUGAUUCAGGGUGGGUCCAUCGAGCUGGUUUUCGUGAAAGGCCCAGCGAACUUCACAGACUGCACGUUCCGCCGUAACCGCGUUACCAACGGGCCGAGCUUCGGAGCGGCGAUCCUGUCGCUGGGCGUGCCGAUGCGCGUGGAGAGGAGCCGGUUUGAGCGGAACAUAGCGGUGAACAUGAUGCCUCCAGUUGCAGAUGGCGACACGUUUCUCACCCAGGGCGGGGCGAUUGCAGCGAAUAUGUUCAUGGACCCUCUGGUGGUGUACGACAUCAUCGACAGCGAUUUUGUCGAGAACCAGGCGGGGCAAGGAGGAGCCCUGUAUGCGGACACGGGGCGUAUCACGCUGCUCAACUGCCUCUUCCUGCGAAACGGGGACCAUGCCAACUCCUCCCUUGGUGGUGCUAUCACCUCGCGGGGACGAACCGUGAUCGACAACUGCUCGUUUGUGGACAACAAGGCGCAGGACGAGGGUGGCGCGCUGCACUUCCUGCCCUAUGACAACCUCACCAUUGCCAAUUCGCUCUUCCAACGCAACUCCGUGCUCAAACAGAACGGGGGCGCUAUCAACGUGUACGCGGGCACGGGGGCAGUGCGAGUGGUGAACACCACGUUCGUCAACAACACGGCAGAGAGCUCCAAGGGCGGGGCAGUCUACAGCGAGUCGGUGUCUAUCACCUUUGAUAAUGUCACACUAGACGGCAAUAAAGCAGGGCUGCAGGGGGGGGCAGUGGCAGUCUAUGCCUCCAGCAGCGAUGGUGUGCCCACAGAAGCCUCUUUCCUCUCCUGCCGCUUUGUGCGCAACGAGGCGGUACUAGGGGGAGGUGCCAUCUACUCGGGGCUGAGCAUGCGCAUGCGCAUGCAGGCGUGUGUGGUGGAGGCCAACAACAGCACCGGGCUGGGUGGCGCCGUGCUUGUGCAGGAGUUCUCACGGGUCGACAUGACACGCACGCUGUGCCAAGGGAACAUAGCCCUCACAGGAGGUGCCUGCCUCUCUCUGCUGGCCAAUGCCCAGGCCACGGUGACCGACUCUGUGCUGCAGGGCAACGAGGGCGGCAGCGAGGGUGGGGCAGCUCGCAUCAGUGGCAGCGCGCACCUCUCCCUCCUCUCCUCCUCCGUCUCCCGCAACACCGCCGCGUGGGGCGGGGCCGUGUGGGUCGAAAUGGGUGCAUCGCUCAUCAUCGAUAACCGGACGAUGCUCGCUGGUAACCGUGCGCAGUACCUCGGCGGGACAGUGUACGCGACGCACGUGUCAAGAGUGGAGGUGCGAGGCGGGAGCGUGUUUCGGGACAACUCGGCGCUGCAUGGGGGAGCGUUGGUGGUUGGAGCAGAGGCGAGGGUGUCAGCAAGCGACUGUGCGUUUGAAAACAACACCUUGUCGGCAAUCCUCUUCCAGGGGUUUUCCCAGGGGUCCCUUAGAAACUGCAGCUUUUCUCGGAAUUCCAACGCGGCAGGGAGGGGCGGGGCGAUGCUGGUCGGAGACAGGACGACGGUCGCCGUCCACUCGUGCCAUUUCGCCAAGAACUGGGCAGCACUUGGCGGCGCAGUGAGCACCGAAGGCGGCCCGUAUCUCACGAUCAACGGCUCACAUUUCACCCGGAACAUCGCUCAGAUCGGCGCAGGGGUGGCCCUUGCAGGCACUACUUCGUUCGCCAUGGGGGACUCGGUUUUUUCUGGGAAUAAUGCGACGAAGGCGGGAGGGGGAGUGGCGGUUUUGGAGCAGGUGACUGGGGAGAUCACGGGGUCGAGGUUUGCAGGGAACUAUGCGGUGGUGGGGGGCGCUGGGGUGUAUUUGCUGCGCUCUGCUGCAGCUGAUAGCCCUCAGGGGAGUGCGUCUGCGCGUGAAAAGAGAGCUAAGAGAGCCAGGAACUCCAGGAGGAUUGCAUUGGCUAGCAGCAGCAGCAGCAGCAGCAGAAUGAGGGAAACGGCAGCUACUGGUGGCGCUUCUACUCCAAAUGGCACCACCUCCUCUUCAUCCGCCUCUCUCCAGUCGACCAAUCAGGUUCUCUGUCGAGGCUUGGUGUUUGAUGGCAACAGUGCCAUGGACGCGCACGGAGUGGCCUUCUUCGAAGCUUCCUACAGUCCUGACCUGCGGUCCGCCUGUGGGGACUGUCUGAUGCUGCAGCCGCCAGACACACAGGGCAGCAUGCCGGCAGACUUCUACCUCACAUGGCCGGGGGCGGCAGCAUCAUCCAAGGAGACAGGUGGCAGCUUCUCAGUGGUCGGCGCCAUGGGAUCCAUGCUGACUGGACUGCAGGUGGUGGUGGUGGAUCAAUUUGGAAACGUUGUCUCCAAGGACGACUCGGCCUUGGCCCGUGUAUCCCCUGACAGCCGCAUCAGCGGGUCACUCAGGGGCACGGCGCAGGCCGGCAUCAUCACCGUGCCGCCCAUUGCUGUCCGCGUGUCGCCGGCGGACGCGCUACAGCCGAUACCGCUCACGGUCACGGUCUCCUCCAUCACCAACGCCUUCCCGGACUUCUCCCACCCCUUCAACAUCUCGUUCUGCCCGGCCGGGCAGUACUUCGAUGGAGAAAGCUUCAGCUGCCAGGAUUGCCCAGUGGGCCACUGGUGUGCCCCCGGCCAGGGCAUGGAGACGUGCCCAGACGGCACGUUCACGUUCUACCCCAAUGCCGUGUCGGAGGACGAGUGCACGCCGUGUGACGAUGACAGCCUCGACUGCCGCUACGGCACCAUGCAGAUCGACUACCAGAACUGGCUGGACCCAGCAUCUCUCAACAGCACGCCCACCACAUAUGCGUGUCUGCUCACCAACGGCUGCUCUGGCACCACCUACACUGGGCCUAACACCACGCAGUGUGCCGUGGGCUACAACAACACGGUGGCCAUGUGCUCCCUGUGUGCGGACGGCUACUAUCUCGUGCUGCAGUUCUGCGAGCAGUGCACCUCUGCCUUCAAAUCGGUCUUCCCUCUCCUUCUAGUCAUAGUGCUGGUGGUGUGGGUGGCGAUGAACAUGCUGGCCGACACCUUUGCAGCGAUGGACAUAUUCCUCACCGAGGUGCAGCUGCUGGCGAUGGUGGCGUCUUUCAACCUCAACUUCCCCGCCUCCUGGGUCAAGACCGUGGUGCUGCUCUAUAAUAUCGCUGCGUUCGACCCCGACAUCAUAGGGCCGGAGUGCGUGUUCUCUCUGCAGUUCACAGGCAAAUUCUACAUGAACAUUCUCAUCCCUGUUAUAGGCCUCCUCGUUUACGCACUAGUGUUUGCGCACCACCGCUGGCUGGGUGGCUCGUUCUUCAUACGGGUGCACUCGUGGCAGCGCAAGGAGCGGCAGAAGCAGCGCUUACUCCAGCACUCUGUAACGAAGCGGCGGGCUUAUAACGAGUAUGAGAACUCGAUCGUGCACGCUUCGCUCAAGUGGCUGGACAUCUGCUACGUGUCGGUCAUGGUCAAAGUGCUGCAAGUCUUCAAGUCCCAAACGGUCGGCUCGGCAACAGUGAUGGCAGCGGCGCCGCAGAUCCUCUGGCUCUCCCCCGUGCAUGUUGGCAUGCUGGUUACCGCCGUGCUGGUUACGCUGGUGUACCUGGUGGGGCUGCCGGCGCUCUUUGCUGGCGUGCUGAUCGACGCACACACGUGCGACGUGCUCUCUUCCGCGCUCUUCAAACAGAGAUUCGGGUGGCUCACCGAACGAUUCACUCCCAAAUUCUGGUGGUGGCAUCUGACCAACAUAGGGUUGAGGGUGCUGCACGGCUGUAUCCUCGUGUUCCUGCAGCAGGAAACCAAGUCGCAGGUGAUAAUCAUCCUUCUCCUGCAGGCUCUCCGCAUAGCCACGCACUACAAGACCUCGCCCCUCGCCUCGCUCUCUCUGGAGUACCUGCAGGCGCUGCUCACCCUCGGCCAGUUCUUCUUCACGCUCUCGCUCGUCUGCUACAACUACCUCAACCUCUCCCUCUUCUCUCAGAUCCUCUUCGGCUUCUCCUCCGCCUUCAUCCUCAUCCCCACUAUAACGCUCCUCGUUUACGACUGUGUAAACAAUCACCUCGACCUCGCAAACGCGCGCAUGCUGCACCGCGUGUGGAAAGCCGAGCGCAAGCGCCAAAAGGCCCGAUUCGAUAAAAUGGACCCCUAUGACCUGGUCCCCGCUCAAGACAUAUGCGCCUGGUUCCGCCCUCACAUCAUCUUUGCGACUCUCCUCACCAACCGAACUGAGGAGCGGCGACUGCUGCUGCGCGUUCGGGAUCGGUUCGAGACGUGCCGAUUGGUCGGUUUGGCGCCCAUGGAUUGGCUAAACCACCUGAAGAAGCCGCAGCUGUAUGCUGUGCUCGCACAGGCGCUGCUGGGGGCGAGCACUGGCCAUGUGACUGUAGCGAGGGUGCCUAAGGAUGGGUGGUUCUGCAGGGCGCAUGGCGUGUGGCAUGCCUCGGGGGAGGAAUGCCAGGGAAGGGAGAGCCUGGGGAAUGGUUCGGUGCACGGGAUGGGCCAGCAACAGAGAGGGGAUUCUUCUCCUGGUGAAUCUCAGGUGAAUGGUUUGGUGGACCAGCAGCAGCAGCAGCCACUGUUGCAGCAGCGAGGGGGAGGGAGGAACUCGUGGUAUGAGCUGGAUGAGGCUGACGUGUGGCCACCUCAGCUGGAGAGCCACGUCAUCUGGGCAUCUUCCAGCGUGGCUGCUGCUGACGUGGACAACAUGGGUGCCGCAGCAGGAGGAGGAGGAGGAGGAAGAGGGUCAGGAGGAGCAGGAUGGGAGGGAAUAGGAGGACUUGGAAUGAGAGUGGGGGUGUGUGGGGAGUGAGAGGAGGGGCAGGAGGAAUGGGAGCAGGAGCAGGAGCGGGAGACAGUGAUACAGCAAGUGUUGAAAGCGAUAGCAGUG